AUGCAAAAUAUUGACCUUUCCAAAUGUAAACUGACCAGUGAGGGCUUAGACUAUAGAGGCAAUAUUUCAACAACAGUUUCGGGUAGAACGUGUCAGCGCUGGGACAGUCAAUACCCUUGGACCCACACCUACACUGAUUUGUAUGGAGGCAACAGUGUGCACGAAAACUACUGUAGAAAUCCGAAGGCUGGACAGGAUCCGACCCCUUGGUGUUACACAUCAGACAAAGAUGUCCAAUGGGAGCUCUGUGAUAUUCCAGUUUGUGAAUGUAGAGAUACCCCAAAGGGAGAGGCAUACAUUGGGAAAACAUCUCAAACAGUCGAUGGACGCCAGUGUGUGAGAUGGGACAGCGUAGACGAAUUUGAUCCAGAUUAUUAUAUUGUCCACUUUCUGACAGGAAGCAAAAGUGCUCAUGCAAAUUAUUGUAGGAAUCCAGACAAUAAAAUAGCUCCGUGGUGCUUUACGGAAUUGGUUGGUGGAGGCUGGGAUUAUUGUAACAUUCCAUUUUGUAAAAAGAGUAAUGCCGAAUGUCUUAGUAGUCCAAAGGGCUUAGAUUAUUUUGGAACGGAGAAAAAAACUGUUGACAACAUAGAAUGCCAACGCUGGGAUAAAGUGGAACAACUUCAACAUGGUUUCUCAAUAGGAUUCAUGGGACUCUCUGCUUCUGAACACGAAAACUAUUGCAGGAAUCCUGAUGGCAAAGAAAUGCCCUGGUGUUAUCCUGUGAAUAGCACCGUCGAAUUUCAGUACUGCAACAUUCCGAACUGCCCGGAAAACGACUGUAAGAUCACAGAGAGAGGAUUGGGAUAUAGAGGAAAACGACAAACGACAAGAGACGGGAUUCAAUGCCAACGUUGGGACAGCGUUACUCCCCACAAGCCCAACCCGAAAAUUAGUUUCCCCGCAUCCUCUCUCUCCGUGCAGGAAAACUACUGUAGAAACCCGGAUUACGAACCAGGGCCUUGGUGCUACACAAUGGAUCCUCAUGUGCGGUGGCAACUUUGUGAAGUGCCGUUUUGUUAUAAUGACUCUUAUUCUUGUGAAUUUUCCAAAGAAAACUGUACAAUGGAACAAUUAAAUAGCAAAACAAUGACAUGGAUAAUUAAGGAAGCAGAGGGCAAGACAACACUAGCGUUAACACUCGCCGAGAAUUUGCCAUCUUUACAGUCAGUACUACCCUCAUUGAGAUUACCCAAGUUACGAUUCCAAAAACCUGGAAGUUGUUUACAAAUGAAUUACCGUAGCCAAGGAAUACGUCUGAGUAUAAGUACGGAUAAACAAAACUUGACUAGUCUUUAUGGCACCGAUGGGUGGAAGCUCAUAAAAAUUAACAUUGACUAUUCAACGGAUCUGUACCAGAUAACCAUGACACCGAUUCCCAUUACAUCUUCAGUUUAUUUUUCAUUAAAGGAUAUACAUAUACGAAAUACACCUUGCGAAGAUUGCUUUGCUUGCUUGGAUGAUGGGUCUUGCAUUGAGAAUGAAAAGUUUUGUGAUAUGAGUAUGGAUUGUCUCGAUAACAGUGACGAGAAAAACUGUGCUCAGGAGUGUUAUAUUGAAAACAAUUAUGUCGGAUUUAGAGAAAAAACUAAAUCCCUUCACCAGUGCAUUGAAGGUAGAUGUAAAUUUGACCGCCAGAGCAAAGGAAAACCGGGUUGUUUCCCCAAUUCUAAAACGAAAAAAGAAGAAUGGGAAGAAUGUAGCGUUCCAAAAUGUAAAAUAGAGAGUUUAAAUUGCGAUUUUGAAAAUAGUAUGUGCAAUUGGAAGUUUCCUAAACAUGGGGUGAGAUGGAAUCGACAACAAUCAGAAAAUGGUGACGAAAUAGUUAUCUCGGCAAGAUUGGAUACGUUUCAAACCAAGAAUGCUGUGUUAUACGGUACACCACAGCCUGCAUCAUCAGACUUUGGUUGUUUAACAAUAUCUUACUUAGGGCAUGGUGUCCACUUACAACUCUAUAUAACUAAAGGCACAGUAUACACACGCGAUGAAAUGGUCUUUGAACGACGGGAUAUCGACUCCAAACUGUUUGCUAGAAAAAGCAUUCAGACACCGACGAAUACUCCGUACAUGAUUAUCUUAGUUGGAGCGCUCAAGGAAAACCGAUCAGGCAUAAUUCAGAUAAGAAAAAUAAGUUAUAAAGAGGGUAUUUGUGCAGAUAAAAAACCAUGUAGCUUUACACAGUUUCAAUGUGAAGAUGGCAGUUGCAUUCCUGUUGAUGACUUUUGUAAUGGAUUGACUAACUGUCCCAAUCAAGAAGAUGAAUCACCAUGUAAACACAACAACAACACAUCGUGUGUAGAUUACAACAGUGGUUGUCCAAAACGUUGUCCUGCUCACUGUCAGUGCAAUGGAUUCAUUUUUAAAUGCAGUUCCCCUGAAAAUGUAACAAAGGAAGUCAGGGUUCUUGAUUUAAGCUCUAAUGUUUUUAAUUUAGAAAGCCUUGAAAACUUUGAAUUGCUCGUUCACCUAAAUCUUUCAAGAUGUUUCAUAUCCGAUUCCACACUAACUGGUCUUGGAAUACGAUUAAAUUCACUUAGUCUUCAAACUUUGGACCUCUCAUACAAUAAUAUUCAAAAUGUAGAAUUAAAAACAUUUGAUCGAUUGUCAAAGUUGUUAUACUUAAAUAUCUCAAAUAAUCAAAUUUUGCGUCUUCAUUUGGAUUUUCUUACGUUAAUUCCAAAUUUAAGACAUUUGAUUGUAAUGAAUAAUAGCAUAGAGAAAAUAAAAGGCAUGGAAAGCUACAACCGUCAAAAUUCAGAUCUUGAGUUGUUAGAUUUACAGAACAACAAAUUGAUUACUGUUCAACCUAAUUCACUUCAUUGGUUGAGUUCUGUCUCUAAAAUAUUUUUGCGCAACAACAAUAUUACAAAUACUGAUUUCUAUUUUUCAGAGUUAAUGGAAUUGUUGAUUGAAUUAGAUCUUAGUUAUAAUUUGAUUCAGAAUAUUACUAACGUUAUGUUCAAAGGCUUAAAUAGGCUAAGAUAUCUUAAUUUACAAAACAACCUUAUAGCAAUGUUAGAUGAAUUUUCGUUUUCAAGACUCGAGUCUUUGCGCACACUAAAUCUUGCCUUUAAUCAGAUACAUACCAUAAAUAAAAUGGCAUUUGAAAAUCUACUUUCACUUGCAAAAUUAAAUCUAACCGGUAACAAAUUAAAAUCUCUAGCCCCAGCUAGGUUUAUUGCUUUAAAUAAACUUGAGAUUCUUGACUUGUCGGGAAACGGUUUGCAAGUAUUAGAGUAUGAUGCCUUCAAAAGUUCAGAUUCAGUUAAGUAUCUAUACAUACAUAGCAACAAAUUAACCGUUUCCAGGGCCAUGUUCCAAGGCCUCUGUAAUCUUGAAUGGUUGCAAACAGAUUCUUAUAUCAUUUGUUGUGCCAAACCCUUAACCGUUCAUUCAUCGAAGUGCAUAUCGCCAAAGGAUAGUAUUUCGUCUUGUGAACAAUUGAUAAAUGUUGGAUUUCUUGCGCAGAUGAUUUGGUACAUGGCUCUAUUCUCUGUAAUUGGAAAUGCAUAUGUUAUAUACUAUCGCAUUCAGGGAGGAAUUAAAGGUAACGCAUCUCAAGGUGUCUUUGUCUUGCAUCUAAGCGUUUCAGAUUUUUUAAUGGGUGUGUAUCUGUUCAUCAUAGCCAUUGCCGAUCUGGAAUAUCGAAACAUCUAUGGAUUUAACGAUGGUGAGUGGAGAUACAGCAUGGCUUGUACCAUAGCAGGAUUGCUGGCUACAACAUCAAGUGAAGCGUCAAUGAUUUUCAUAUUUCUUAUUACCAUUGAAAGAUACAUUGUUUUGAAACAUCCAUUUUCUGCCGGAUUUGCGAAAAAUAGACGACUGAUUCUCUUUGUUACAAUUGUGGCUUGGUUGAUUGCUAUUUUGUUUUCAGUAAUACCCGUAUUAGUGUACCCUGACUUCUACAGCAGAUCUACAGUAUGCAUAUCCUUGCCUUUAACGCCAGAAAGGAGAACUGGUUGGGAAUAUUCAACCUUUUUGUUCAUUGGAUUCAACAUGUUUAUUUUUAUGGCCAUUGUGGUUGGACAACUGCUGAUUUAUAUACAGGUCAAACGAAUGGGAAAGAAAAUAAAUAACGACAAUUCAAAACGGGAAAUGGCAGUUUUGAAAUCUCUGUCGUAUGUUGUUUUGUCGGACACAUUUUGUUGGAUUCCCAUUAUAAUUAUCGGUCUUCUAGCCAGUGGAGGAGUGAAUAUUUCGUCGGACGUGUACGCCUGGGUUAUUGUUCUCGUACUACCAAUCAACUCAGCACUAAAUCCCUUCAUAUAUACGUUCAGCAUGAUCUACAGACAGAAAAUGAGGCAUCGGAGAAGCACAAGUAUCACUUUAACCGGAGGAGCAAAUGAAAAUCAACAUAGCAACGGAUAACAGAAAAUUACAAACAUUUUAAAAUCAUUUGUUAACAUUAUUUUUGUAAGGAUUGAGGCCAAU